UAUCCUCUCGCCCCAGGCAGGGGAUGCUCUUCGCCAUGGAAAUAAAGUUCAAACUCCUCUCCCCAUCUGCUUGCUGAGACCAGAAGUGGUCUCCCAGGAACCCGUUUUCCGCUUGCACUCCACACCUGCUCUCGCCUAAAUUUCUAAUCUGGUUUUGCAUAUUUAAGAGGACACACACACACACACAUACACACACACACACACACCCUACAACCCGCGAGGUGCAAAACUGCCUCCUGCAACUACCGAAACUUACCAGCCGCUCUAGUUGUUUUUGUCUUAACGGGAGGACAACAAAGAUUUUUAGUCCGGGUCCUCUUGCGGGCAGGAAAAUCUGCUAGGUCCCAGGCAGCCGCCGCUGCCCCUUUGAUGUUUUGGUACGCCGUGCGCAUGCGCCUCACAUUAGAAUUACUGCACUGGGCAGACUAAGUUGGAUCUCCUCUCUUCAGUGAAGCCCUCAAUCCCAUCAAAAACUAAAGGGAUGUGGAGAGUUCGGAAAAAAGGCUGCUUUGGGAUCUGGCCCUUCCCCUUGCUAAUCGCCGCUGUCUGUGCGCAGAGUGUCAAUGAUCCUAGUAACAUGUCCCUGGUUAAAGAGACGGUGGACAGACUCCUGAAAGGCUAUGACAUUCGUCUGAGACCAGAUUUUGGAGGUCCCCCCGUGGCCGUGGGAAUGAAUAUUGACAUUGCCAGCAUCGAUAUGGUUUCCGAAGUCAAUAUGGAUUAUACGUUGACAAUGUAUUUUCAACAAGCCUGGAGAGAUAAGAGGCUGUCGUAUAAUGUCAUACCUUUAAACUUAACCCUGGACAACCGAGUCGCAGACCAGCUCUGGGUGCCUGACACCUACUUCCUGAAUGACAAGAAGUCGUUCGUGCACGGCGUGACCGUCAAGAACCGCAUGAUCCGCCUGCAUCCCGACGGCACUGUCCUCUACGGCCUCAGAAUCACAACCACAGCUGCCUGCAUGAUGGACCUCAGGCGAUACCCACUGGAUGAACAAAACUGCACCUUGGAAAUUGAAAGCUAUGGGUAUACCACUGACGACAUUGAGUUUUACUGGCGUGGGGAAGAUAAAGCAGUAACGGGAGUGACAAAGAUUGAACUUCCACAGUUCUCUAUUGUAGACUACAAACUCAUCACCAAGAAGGUUGUUUUCUCCACAGGUUCCUAUCCCAGGUUGUCCCUCAGUUUUAAGUUGAAGAGAAACAUUGGAUACUUUAUCCUGCAAACGUAUAUGCCUUCCAUCCUGAUCACUAUCCUCUCUUGGGUCUCCUUCUGGAUUAAUUACGAUGCUUCAGCUGCAAGAGUGGCAUUAGGAAUUACAACGGUCCUUACAAUGACCACCAUCAACACUCACCUCCGGGAGACUCUCCCUAAAAUCCCCUACGUGAAGGCCAUUGACAUGUACCUGAUGGGGUGCUUUGUCUUUGUUUUUAUGGCCCUUCUGGAAUAUGCUUUGGUCAACUACAUCUUCUUUGGGAGGGGACCCCAACGCCAAAAGAAAGCAGCCGAGAAGGCGAGCGCCAACAGUGAUAAGAUGCGCCUGGAUGUCAACAAGAUUUUUUAUAAAGAUAUUAAACAAAAUGGGACCCAAUAUCGAUCCUUGUGGGACCCAACUGGAAGCUUCUCCCCAACUAGACGGACUACCAAUUACGAUUUCUCUCUAUAUACGAUGGACCCCCACGAGAACAUCUUACUGAGCACUCUAGAGAUAAAAAAUGAAAUGGCCACAUCUGAGGCUGUGAUGGGACUUGGAGACCCCAGGAGCACAAUGCUGGCUUACGAUGCGGCCAACAUCCAGUAUCGGAAAGCCGGGCUGCCCAGGCAUACUUUUGGCCGAAAUGCCCUGGAACGACACGUGGCACAGAAGAAAAGCCGCCUGCGGAGACGCGCCUCCCAACUGAAAAUCACCAUCCCCGACUUGACUGAUGUGAAUGCCAUAGACCGGUGGUCCCGCAUAUUCUUCCCAGUGGUUUUUUCCUUCUUCAACAUCGUCUAUUGGCUUUACUAUGUGAACUAAAACAUAGCCUCCCUCGGGAAGCAAGGACUAGAUGCCUCCUCAAACCAGUUGUACAGCCUGACGUAGGACUUGGAAAACACAUCAAUCCAGGACAAAAGUGAUGCUAAAAUACCUUAGUUGCUGGCCUAGCCUGUGGUCCAUUUCAUACCAUUUGGGUUGCUUCUGCUAAGUAAUGAGUACACUAAGGGCCUUGUGAUUUUGCAGUUAAAAUGCAAGUGAUUUGUACACAUGCUGGCAAGACUGAGUCUGAGUGUUCCACUUCAUCUGCUUAGUGUGCAACCGACAUGGAGGGGAAUUAUUUAGAAGGUGUUCUUAGAAGGCUCGAUAGCACUAUCAGUCAUUUCUCUGAGAAGUCAUAGCCAGAUAUUCCAUCUUCCUUCCCAAGGGUGGCAUGCUGCUGAGAGGACACCAUGCUUAGGAAACAUUAUCCUCAAUGCCAUGCGAACAUGCUUACAGAAGAUGGUCUCUGCCCAUCUUAUUAAGGUGAUAAUGGUGCCCUGGGAUGAAAAUUCCCACUGGAUACUAGAAGGUUCUCAUGUAGUUCAAACAAGAUGUGGGGAGUCAAGACAGAGAUUCAGGAAGGCCAGUUUCAGAUUGCUUGAGCACUGGGAAUCAACUAUGACGUCUUCCAUUUUGGCAUAUGGAGCCCAGGAGAAUUCUAAACGUUAUGAUGCAUGAUGACCAAAGAAACUUUUCUAAAACUCUAUUCCCUAGGUGGUUAAAAGAAGAGUUAAAAACCCAGAGCAGAGUGGGAAAUCCAGAAAUGACUGUUGGAACAAAAUUGAAGCAAGCAAGUAUCAUGACCCUUAUCAAUCCACUCAGCUUCUGGUUUAUACAUAUUAUGGUCAGUGGCAAAGGUAGAAUGAGAGAUAUUUUUGUUCCAACUUCACAAGCUUUUGAAAGCAUGCCUAUAGAGGCUUAUAUAAUUUAUUUAAUUAAAAGACACCCACAAAAGAGAAAAGUUAGCCAAAUUAGCAUCAUCUUAGAUGCAGGUUAGAUUGAGAGUUAUCCAAUAUGUGAAUAUAAAGCGCAAACAGGUUGCUAUUCUCACACUACAUCAGCUGUCUCUGCAACAUUUUUCCCUAUAAGUUCAUUUUUGACUUAAAUAGGGUAUUUCCAAAGAGGGAUUUGUUCGCUUCUUUAAAGAAUUAAUGUUCCUUUCCAGCUUUCUUGCUUCUGAAAUUCUGAUUAUAUUCUUAGGAGACAGAAGAAGUAAGGCUUUGGAGAGAUUGAGUGAACUCUAUUUCCAAAUGUGCAAUGAAAUUCACCUUGCUAUUUUUCAUAGCAAACAGUACUUCGAAGAUUAUGUGCACAAGUAGAGCUAGUUUGUGAGUUUAUUAGGUUUUAUUCUUUUAAGGUUGCUUUUGUUGUGUAUAUUACAAUCUCUCCAGUCAAGGAAAAUAUGAUAAGAGUGGAAAAUAGGAUAACAAAGCCACAUUAACUGAUGAAGGAUAUGGACCUCAGUUGAUACUGCAGAAAAAUGUCUAACUGAUAAUCAGGUAGGCACGAUGUAUUGUUUUAUUCCAUUUUCAAAUUGUCAUUGUACUUUGUUCUAUACCAAUUAGACAAAUGCAUUCAUAUGUUGGACAGUAAGAAGAGUAAGCUAAUAUAUUUUUAUUUCUAUUCAUGUGAGGUUUACAUUUUGCUUUUUUCAUUGAGAAAAUAGUAAACUGCUUAAUUUCCCAUAAAGUUUGAUUUGAUUGAACUUCCCUUUGGAGCAUGACUUUGCUAUGUCUAUUUAAAAAACAAAAACCACUUCUUUUCAGAGUAACAUUUCCUAAUUUUGCAUAAUAGCCAAGAUCAUUAUCUGACUGUGGAUAAAUGUUAUGCUUUUCCCCCCUGAUGAUUUAGCUGCUUGGAAUAAGGUAGGUCCUAUUGUCCUUCUAUUUCAAGUAUCUGACAAGAAGAAGGAAAAAAAGUUUAGUACUUAGCCUUCUGAAUUAGAUGAUAUUUUUCUCCCCACCUGUAUCAGGGACUGUGGCCCUUAUUUCUUGAUUAUACACUUGAACACCUCUGAGUAUGAUCUGUGGGCAGAAUCCAUCCAAGCUUCCGCCCAUGGGCUCAGAGUAGAGAUUCUUUAAGCUUCUCCAGGGACACACUUCCACGUAGGCAGCAAUCUGGGGGCACCACGCUAAUAAAAGUGCCUGCCCCUUGUCACCAGGGGUUAGUCUGAAUAGCAUAUACCAGGAAGGAGCAUAUUAAUAACUCAGGUGCACAACUCCAAAAUGCCAUUCUGGAAUGGUUUUUCUAGAGACAACCCUGAGCCCAAGUCAAGAAGUGGGCUCUUAUUUGUAAUUAUUGUAAAAGCCAUAAAAAUCCUUGGUAUUGUCACGUAACAAAUAUUUGAUAUCUGAAGAAGUCAACAGAGUAAUCUAAAUCAGAGUGGAGAGAAGCAACCUCUGAGCAUGAGCGUCAAAAGCAUAUAACCGGGGAUUCAUUUCUACCCCCAGUGAUAAGCAGAAUCUGGAAAAGGAGAAAAGAUGGAAACUGGAACAGAUGCCCUAGAGCAGAAUCCAUAUGUUGGCAUUCAAUAACCACGUAGUUAGAAACAACUGACUCAUCUUGCCCAGAGGUAACAAAUGGUAGAUAUAGAAUUUAUUCUUUAACUAUAUGUUUACUGUGGUUGAAUUGGUUUGCGAGGACGGGGUCGGGGAAGGGUGUUUGGUUAAAAUUAGGGACCACAAAAGUGUGUUUUGGCAAUUCUGAUAUUCUAUUGCCAUCAGCUUAUACAUUUAUGUACAGGUUUUUUUAAAUUAUAAAACAGCCAGAUAGCCAGCGAUUAAGGUGUUUUUUCAUCUUUGUGAUAUUCAUAGGCGAAUUCUGACUCUAAAAUUCACAGUCGAAAUGAAAUCUUUGAUCUCAAUCUGUAUAUAUAUACAUAUUGUACAUGACUGCUAGUAGGUAUGAAAUGCAUUUUCAGAACUGAAAACUCAUGCAACAACAUCAUGUGUUUGCAUAGGGAAUGUUACAGUUCUUUCCACUACAGUUUUACUAACGGGAAAGACAUAAGAUAAGCAGUGCCGUCUAGACAUUUCCUCUUCUCAUUUCUUCAAAAGCAGUGCUCGGUUAAAAAAAAAAAUAAUAAAAUAAUAAUAAUAAUAAUAAUAGUUUAUGAACCAAAAGACUUUACAUUGUAGCUUUAGUAACAACAAAGAUAAGAUAUCUGUCAGCUUUAAAAAGCACAACACAUAGAGAAAGUUCAGUAGAAAGCAUAAAGGAGAAAUGAAUCAUGCUUAUUUUAAGCCAGACCUGCAUUAAAUUGGCAACUCACCCAAUUUUCAUUUUCUAUAGAUAACAGUAUUCCAGUCUUAUGAUUAACUUCAUACUCAACAACAAAAACAACCAAGCAAUCAACAAACAACAGGUCAUACAACAGUGUACAUGUAUAUAUGUAUAUAGAGAGAUCCAUAUAAACACACAUGCAUAUAUAUGCAUUCAUACAUUGGAAAACAAAAGGAAUAAGCUAAUAUCUUCUAUUUCCUUCAUUCAACCAGUGUAUGAGUGCUUUUAACUUGGCAACACAAAUCCACAUAUUGAAACAAGUGAUACAGGGUACUGAGCAUUUCUCUAUCAGCAAAUAAUGCCUACUGUUCUUAGGAACCAUUGCACAAUCCGACACUACAAUAGUGCUGUACCUCAGAACAUUGGAAACCACUAGCUCUCGCAUUGCUUGUCUACUUGCUCUUUUUCAAGGAAACAAAUAACAUUAUCCAUUGGUCAUUUAAAAACAAAAAUGUCUUAAGAAAACAGAAAAUGAUUUUUAAAAAUCCUUCCAGGAGGAGGAAAAAAAAUAACUAAACCUCACCAUGUUGGUUAGGGAAAAUAUCUCAACUGUAGCAAUCAUGCCAUUUUGCUAAGUGUACAGAGUCUACGUAAUGUGAGCAACCAUAACUUUCACUGAGUGUGUGUAAAUAUUAAAACGGAUUUCUUAAAUAUUUUUAACUUCUAAUUUGUAUUUUAUGGUAAGGCAGUGUGAGAAUUCUGUGUAUGGCUUAUGUUGAUGUGUUAUAAUAGACUGUAAAUAAUUAAAUAUGCUGUAAAUCAAAGUCAAUAGAUACAAAUAAUUAUUUCAUUUUUUCUCAAUUUUUAUUUCUUUUUUACUAAGUACAGUUACUGCAGUGCCCCAACAGAGUAAUUGAAACAUCCAUUUUGCAUAAAUGGUUUGGGAUCCCAGAUAGAAGGAUUUCAGUUUGAUAACACACACACAUCUACACACACGUGCUCACUCACACACACCUGCACACACUCACUCAUAGACUCAUACAUAUCUACACAUACACACUCUCAGUCACACACAUCUACGCACACGCACUUGCUCACACACACACAUGCAUCUACACACACAUUCAAACACAAUAUUCUUUCCCUUGCCCACUCACUCCCACUCUUACUCCCUCUAUGGGAAACACACAGUAUUCAUGUAGUGAAUGUAACAAACCAAGAGAGAGCCUUAGAAAUGGCAAUUGGGAAAGCAGAAAUCAUCAUCAUUUACUUGAAAGGGUUUUUAUGUGUCAGAAUUCAAGAAACCAAAGGUGUAACUUACAUGUCAAUUUUCAAAGAGUAAAAGUUUCUAUUGACAGCACUACGGGAAAUAAAAUUGCUUAUGAUGCAUACCUGCUUCAGAAAUUUGUUACACACAAUACAUCCUAGAAGUCCUUUUUUUUAAAUAAUAGCAUUUUGUCCUUAGAUAGCAUUCUUUCUUUCAACCAAAGAUUCCAGUUAUUAAAAAACAAAAAAGGAAAGAAAAAAUGAAAAAUGAGGGAAAAUAAAAAAAAGACACUGCUUUACACCAAAGGUAUGAACACAAUUUUCCAAGUAGACUAGGAACAUUGUCAAAAAUAGUAAAGAGCCAACAUAAUGCUAAUUAAGAUACUACCCUAAAGAAAUCAUUUAAGAAAAAAAUACAUAAAAGCAGCAGUACUCUUAAAUAUCUGUUGUUAUUUGGAUAGGGAAGUAAAACAUUUCUAUAGAUGUUUGGAAAAUUGUAACAUCAGAUAUUAAUUUGUGCAAAAUUGUGACAUCAGAUAUUAAUUUGCUUUGAGAAGUUCUUUUGUGACAACUAUGAUCCAAAAUGAUGAAAAACAAAACUUUGUGUUUUUUAACUUUCAAAAGCAAAUGUCUCUCUCCUGUCUCAUGUCCACUAAGCUGAUGCCCGUGUGUGUGUCCUUGCACUGUUUUUCCCUUUGAGGUUCAGUAAUUUGUGUUCACCCACACUCCUUUUUAACAUAAUUCAAAGUUGCAAAUAAUUUAAGUUCCAUAACAUUUUUUAAAUUUUUAUUUGCAUGGGUGUUUAAAUAGUUUUGUUAUGAAUAUUGUCCCUGCGCAGUUCUGAAUUGUCCUUUUAUAAAAAGUGAUAUUCUAGUUCCUUCACAAUGUAGUAUCUAUCCGCCUUACUAUUUACCUUGUAGCCUUUCUUAAUAUGCACAUAAUGCAGAUUUUCCAAUGGCUAGGAAAUGCAAACCACAAGUGGAUAUCAUCACAUCUAUUUUUCAUGUCUUUCUAAAAACAGGACUACUAACAUCUCUGGGAUACAUGAGAUAGUAACACAUGAGGAUUACAAAUGAGUAGCACAUAAGAAUUAUUUUCUUGAAUUUAAACUUAUUGCAGUCAGUUUCAGCAUGUAAAUAUAUAAUAAUGUUGGCUAGUGUGUAAUUCUUGAACUAAAAAAUAUAAAUAAAACUUGAAAGGAUG